AUCAGCAGUUCCUGCAGCACACCAGGUCCAGCCACCAUGUCGACGAUACCUCCGCCGCCGCCUCGUCCGCUCGAGAGCAACAUCCCUCCUCCGCCGCCGACUUCCGAGCCUGGCCCACCACCACCGCCUCCGCCCGAAGAAGAGCUGGGCCCGGCGAUGGUGCAGGCGCGGAAGGCGAAGAAGGGCUGGGCGUCGCAGAAGAGGCAGCCGCCCAGCAUCGACGACAUACUCAAGGCGAAGCGCGACCAGGAAGCGGCGGCAGCAAAGCCCAAGUUCCUCUCCAAGGCCGAGCGCGAGCGGAUUGCGCUGGAGAAGCGGCAGAGGGAAGUCGACGAGGCGCGCCGGCGGCGAGAAGCCUCGGACGGGAUUGCCAAUGGCAGCACACCGCACACGACACAGGGCAGCACCAACGGGAUCUCGCAGAACGGCCACGGCCACGGCCAUGGGCGCUCCAACGGCGCACACUCGAUCCCCACGGGCCCCCGCGCGAUGCGGCCAGACACGCCAGCCGGGCCGGCGCCGCGAGAGAGGCCGCGCGACGGGCGAGAGAAGCGCGACAUGGGGCCGCCGGCGGUGCCCGAGAAGCAGGCGGGCAAGCGGGCGGCGUCGGGCGACUCGGAGGCGUCGCUGAUCCGGCAGCGGUACAUGGGCGCGGAGAAGAGCCAGUCGACCUUCUCGGCCAGCAAGAAGCGCAAGCGCACGACGGACAAGAAGUUCAACUUCGAGUGGAACGAGGACGAGGACACCAGCCUCGACUACAACCCCAUCUACCAGCAGCGCGCAGAGGCAAACUUCUUCGGCCGCGGCCGCCUGGGCGGCUUCACCGACGCCACCACCGACGAGAGCAGCCACAAGUUCAUCGACGCCAUGGUCGAGCGCGACCCCGAGUCCGGCCGCGCCCGCGCCGAGGCCAUCCUCGACAUGGAGCGCCGCCGCCGGGACGAGGGCGGCCGCGCCCAGCUCGACAAGCACUGGAGCGACAAGCGCCUGGAGCACAUGCGCGAGCGCGACUGGCGCAUCUUCAAGGAGGACUUCAACAUCGCCACAAAGGGCGGCGCCAUCCCGAACCCCAUGCGCAACUGGCAGGAGUCGGGCCUGCCCGACAAGAUCCUGAGCCUCGUCGACCACAUUGGCUACACGGAGCCCUCGGCCGUCCAGCGCGCCGCCAUCCCCAUCGCCCUGCAGUGCCGCGACCUCAUCGGCGUCGCCGUCACCGGCUCCGGCAAGACGGCCGCCUUUGUCCUCCCCCUGCUCGUCUACAUCUCCCAGCUGCCCCCGCUGACCGUCGCCAACCGCAACGACGGCCCCUACGCCCUCGUCCUGGCCCCGACACGUGAGCUGGCCCAGCAGAUCGAGGUCGAGGCCCGCAAGUUCGCCGUGCCCCUCGGCUUCAACACGGCCGUCAUCGUCGGUGGCCACUCGAUCGAAGAGCAGGCCUUCCAGAUGCGCGACGGCGUCGAGAUCAUCAUCGCCACCCCAGGUCGUCUGGUCGACUGCAUCGAGCGCCGCGUCCUCGUCCUCAGCCAGUGCGCCUACGUCAUCAUGGACGAGGCCGACCGCAUGAUCGACAUGGGUUUCGAGGAGCCCGUCAACAAGAUCCUCGACGCCCUCCCCGUGGGCAAUGAGAAGCCUGACACGGAGGCUGCAGAGGACCCCAAUCAGAUGAAGCGCGGCAUGUACAGACAGACGAUGAUGUACACAGCCACCAUGCCCACAGCCGUCGAGCGCAUAGCCAGAAAAUACCUAAGACGCCCUGCCAUCGUGACAAUUGGUAAUGUUGGUGAAGCUGUUCAAUCAGUUGAGCAGCGUGUUGAAUUCAUCGCCGGCGAGGAGAAGCGCAAGAAGCGUCUCCAGGAGAUCCUACAGAGUGGAGAGUUCUCACGACCCAUCAUCGUCUUCGUCAACAUCAAGCGCAACUGUGACGCCAUUGCACGCGAUAUCAAACACAUGGGUUUCUCUUCCGUCACCCUCCACGGCAGCAAGACACAAGAACAACGAGAAGCUGCCUUGGCUUCGCUCAAAAAUGGACACGUUGACGUGCUCGUAGCCACCGACUUGGCUGGUCGUGGUAUUGAUAUCACAGAUGUGAGCUUGGUGGUAAACUUCAACAUGGCGACUAACAUCGAGAGCUACACCCAUCGUAUCGGACGAACUGGUCGUGCGGGCAAGAGUGGUGUGGCCAUCACUUUCUGUGGCAAUGAGGAUGCAGAUGUGCUCUAUGAUCUCAAACAGAUGCUUACCAAGAGCCAGCUCAGCAAGGUGCCAGAAGAUCUCAGGAAACAUGAGGCAGCCCAGCAGAAAGGAGGCCGGAAGGGAGGCGAUAGGAAGGCGGGUAUGACGUAGAAAUGGAUGAAUGUGAAUAAAAUAAUCAUGGACAAGACAUAUAUCAAUAGGAUUGACAUUGUGUGAGUUCAAUCUUUACUAUAUAAUUUGGGCUACUCCGGGAAUUCAACAUUGAAAAGGUUGUGUCCUAUUGACAAGGUAAUAUCAUGAACUUCUUCAGU